ACUAGCCAAAUACAAAGGAUUUGAAGGACUCACUUCACUGGUUGAUGUUGGCGGUGGAACUGGUAGAACCCUUAAUAUGAUCAUCUCUAAGUAUCCUUCCAUUAAAGGCAUUAACUAUGAUCUUCCUCAUGUCAUCCAAAGUGCACCACCUUACACUGGGAUCCAGCAUGUAGGUGGAAAUAUGUUCACAGGUAUUCCAAAAGGAGAUGCAAUUAUGAUAAAGGAUACCUGUCAUAAUUGGAGUGAUGACAAUGUGGUGAGAUUGUUGAAGAACAUUUAUGAAGUAUUGCCAGAAAAUGGGAAACUCAUAAUUUUGAAUGCAUUAUUACCGGAAGAGCCAGAGACAAGCAAAGCUUCACAGUAUGUUUCAAGACUUGACAAUGUUAUGUUAGCCCAACCUGGUGGUAAAGAGAGAACUGCAAGAGAAUUUGAGGCCUUGACUGAGGCUGCUGGCUUUACCAACUUUCUUGUUGCUUGUGUUGCUCAUGGUAUCUGGGCUGUUAUGGAAUCUUAUAAGUAAUAAGUUAGAGUUUCUGCAUUGUUUGCAACUUCUAAUUAAUAUCACGCGAAAAAUAAUUCAUCUCUGCUCCAAUCCAAAUUUCACACGAAAAAUAAAUAUCUAAUGGAUAUUAAUUUUUUAGAAAAAAUUACAGUACGGUUCCUAUGGUUAGCAGAUUACAACUAAUUCAUC